AUGGCCUCUUUACAAAUAUCUUUUAGGGCACAUUAGAACACAAGGAGGAGAAUGGACUCAAACUCCUCGUUGGAUUGGCCUCACUUGGAUUUGCUGAAUUACAACAAGAUGUACAAGUACCUUUACCUGGAAGGAAAUGUCUCCUACGUGGACUUCUACCUCCACCAGCCUUGGGUGGCUGCUGUCUUCAUCACCUCCUACCUGCUCAUCCUCCUCCUGUGCAUGGUGGGCAACGAGGGGGUUUGUUUCAUCGUGCUGUGGAGCAGGCACAUGCGCACGGUCACCAACUUGUUCAUCCUGAACCUGGCUGUCAGUGACUUGCUGGUGGGGUUCUUCUGCAUGCCCACCACCCUCCUGGACAACAUCAUUGCAGGGUGGCCCUUUGGGAGCCUGGUGUGCAAGAUGAGCAGGAUGGUCCAAGGCAUCUCUGUUUCUGCCUCUGUCUUCACUCUGGUUGCUAUUGCCAUGGACAGGUUCCGGAGCAUCGUGCACCCCUUCAAGCCGAAGCUGACCGUCCCCGCCGCCACCAUCGCGGUGAUCUGGGCACUGGCCGUGGCCAUCAUGUGUCCCUCGGCGGCAGGAGAAGCGCUUCCAGCUGCUCCUGGGCAUGGGCAACGCCACCCACCCGUGUUCUGGUGCCGGGAGGAGUGGCCCGAGCCGGCCAUGAGGAAGGCCUACACCACGGUGCUCUUUGCCAACACCUACCUGGCUCCGGUGGUGCUCAUUGCGCUCGUGUACGCCAGGAUCGGCGUUUCCCUGUGCCACGCCGCCAUGCCUGGGCCGGGGAAGCACGGCCGGGAGCAGCGGCGCGGAGCGUGGAGGAGGAAGCGGAAAGCCAUCCACAUGCUCGUCCUUGUCACCCUGCUUUUCGCCCUGUCCUGGCUUCCCCUGUGGAGCCUGAUGCUGCUGUCGGACUACGGCAGCCUGUCGGACGUGCAGCUGCGGCUGAUCAAUGUGUACUUCUAUCCCCUGGCUCACUGGCUGGCCUUCUCCAACAGCAGUGUCAACCCCAUCAUCUACGGCUUCCGCAAUCGGAGUUUCCGCCGCGGCUUCCAGGCCGUGCUCCAGCUCCAGCUCUGCUCCAGGCCCGCCUCGGCCCAGCCAGCCCCAGGCCAGGCCGCCCUGCCCGCUGCCCCCUGCCCGCCGGCCCAGGAUCCCCCUCCCCACACAACCAAGGGAGGAAACCGGGUCAAUAAGCAGCAGGCUUUGCUCAUGGAGGAGCUUGAAGAGAAUGGGAUGGAGUGAAAGGCACUGUGCUUCUGGAAAUCUCUCUGUUCCCCAUGGAACAGGGCUGCUUGAACCCUGAUUUUGGUCAUAUUUCAUUCCUGUGAGAAAUCCCUCAUCCUGUGACUCUCAUGGACUGAAAUACUGCAGACCCAGUCUGGCACUCAGCCACCCCUGGAUUAUCUCAUAGUUGUGCUUCUUCCUGGACAUUGUGAAUGCUGGGUCCUGCUCAAAUGACAAAAUUUAGCAUUUUCCAUCACAUUCCAUUUAUUCCCCUUGGUUGCUGUUAUUUCUAUCACGUCCAUUAUUAUUGCAGCUAGUGACACAAGUGGAAAUGGAAAUUUGAGAAAUAAAGGAUAAAAACUUGG